AUGGGCUCUUCAUGUCAACAGAUCUUUCUUAACAUCAUUAAUCAGGUAUUUACGACAGGUCCUAUCCCAGAUGACUGGAAAACCCAUAUUAUUAUACCCAUUUUAAAGCCUGGAAAAGACCCCUCCUCAGCAUUAAAUUACCGCCCUAUUGCUAUCUCAUCAACCUUAUCUAAAGUCAUGGAACAUCUCGUAAAGAAUCGACUGGAGUGGAUAUUAGAAAAUAGGGGCAUUCUGUCAAGGACUCAAUUUGGUUUUAGAAAAGGUUUUAGCACAAUGGAUAGCCUUAGUAUCUUAGUAUCAGACAUAAGACUUGCUUUUUCCAACAAUGAGUAUCUUGUAGGCGUCGUUGUGGAUGUUCGUUCGGCCUACGAUGAUGUUAUUCUUCCGCUGCUCAGGCAGAAAAUGCAACAGCUGAACAUCCCGGAGAGAAUCACAAAUUUCGUGUCAAACCUGCUUUCGCAGAGGCACAUAUUAGUUAGCUCUGAAUGCAAGCUCACAUCACCUAGACCUGUCUGGAAGGGAUUACCUCAAGGCUCAGUUCUGAGUCCCUUGUUAUACAGCCUUUAUACAUAUGAACUUGAUAGAUCUGUAAACUACUUAGCUAAUGUCCUACAGUAUGCUGAUGACUUAGUCUUAUAUGCAUCCGACAUUUCCUUUGACCAAGCAAUCUCCCGUCUAACCCAAGCAGUUAAAGCCCUCAACUUUUGGCUUAUAGAACAUGGUUUGUCCAUUUCAGCUAGUAAGAGUAACUCAGUAGUAUUUACUAGACGAAGGUUUUCCCCAGAUGUGCCUAUCCAUAUUGAUGACUAUCUUAUACCUUCUCAGACUCAAGUGAAAUUUUUAGAAGUAAUUCUAGACAGUAAAAUGACCGGUAUCCCACAUUUAUCCUAUGUAGCUGCUAAAUGUGAAAAAAAUUUAAAUGUCAUCCGAUCUCUAUCAGGCUCCUGGUGGGGCUCCCAUCCUUAUUCCCAAAAGCUUUUAUAUAAUGCAUUAAUAAGAAGCCAGUUCGACUAUGGUUGUUUUUUACUGGAGCCAUGUAGUAAAAUGGCACUUAACAUACUGGACAAAAUCCAGUCAAAAUGUCUCAGAAUCAUAACAGGAGCAAUGAAAUCUACUCCUAUCCUCGCUCUCCAAGUGGAAUGUGUCGAGCCUCCUCUUUUUCUCCGAAGACAGUAUUUAUCAGACAGAUUUUUAUUUAAAGCUGCCUGUUAUUUGCACCAUCCUCUCCUAUCCAAACUACAUUCCCUUAACCAGUUAGUCAAGCGAUCCCAAUAUUAG